AUGACUCUUAUGGAUGCGAUAGAGAAUCAAAUGGGUGAUGAGAACAUGACUAGUGAAAUCAAAACCACUGGUGACGGGCAGAUGCAGCAACGAUACCUGCACGAAAAGAGGGACAGACAGGACGACAUGAGUGAUGUUCAAACUUCAACCAAGAGGAGUCGAACAAGUACUACUUACGUGUUCAGGGAGGAGGAGAAGCUGCAACAGAGAAAUCAGGAUUUGGCAGACAGCAGCCAGUUAAAGGAAACGGUUGCUGAGGAAAACAUUGACAUACCUGGCUUUACGGUAGAUUCAUUCACUAAAAUUGAGCCCGGUGGCGUACCAACUGCACGUUCUGCUGAUUCUGCAUUGGAUAUAAGUCUCCGAAGUGAAUCCCUUGUAUCUCCUGCUUUUCGUAAAGAUUAUGAUUCCAACAAAGAGAAAACCACGAUGCCUCCAAUCAUAGAUUAUGCCACCGCAUUGAUUGACCAUAAAUACAAUGCUUUUGGUUCACAACACGUCAAUAUGUUUGAAGCAGCGGAUUUGUUGAAAUGUAUCGCCAACAUUCAUCCAGUAGAUCAGAGGUCUGAACUAGAAAGAGAAACGGGCAUGUUCUUCUGCAGGGACUGGCUCACCCAUCCCCGAGACCCUUCCAUUCGGUAUUUGGAUAUUUAUUUGAAUCCUUUUUGUGACAAAAACAUGGAGAAGGUUUACCUAUCGGAUAUUUAUGUGCAAGUUCAGAAAAUAAUUCAGGCAUUUGAUGAGAAUACGGUUGAAAAACUCAAACACUUUAUUGACAUGUUGCCAAUGACAAAGGAGGUGUUCAACUAUGAGAUGAAUUGGGCGGUGGUUGUCAAGUAUGAGCUGCAUGAGAAAAUAAGGCCAUGGAUUUCAAAUAUUGCAAAAAACUCAACAGAAGAAGAGGCAGCUGACUUUGUUUCUGAUAUUCUCGAAUCUAUCAAAAAUGAUUUUUCUGCAUUAUAA